UAGUAAGUGGCUAAUAGCAUUAUAAGUGACUGAUAACAUUAUAGACUGGAUUGGUCCCUGAGUUCAGAGACUGAGUUGCAAUUGAGUGAAAAAUAGACAACGAAAUCUUGAAGAAUUGCACUGAGGUGCAAGCCAAAUUUAAUCCUCUCCGAGUAAUGUUGGUUGAACUGAGAAAUUGCUAAACCAAACCUGUAUUAGGACCGGUUAUUUGGGUGUCUCUCUUUGUUAUUGUUGCCUCUUGCCAUUACAUUGCUCCCUGUCUUGUCUUUCUAGGUCCAGAUGUUCUCAGAUAAUUCACAUUGUCCUGAUUGUGGACAACAGUGGUUCCCUAGUUUAGAACUAGGCCAUUGGUUGUAUCAAACUGAACUUGUUGAAAAUGAAUGUUACCAAGUAUUCCUAGACCGUAUUAACAGAGCUGAUUAUUGCCCUGAGUGUUAUCCUGAUAAUUCUGCUAAUAGAAGUCUUGUUCUUCCAUGGUCUUUCCCACUUGAGUGGGCUCCCCAAAAUCUUACCAGAUGGACCUUUGAAAAAGCUUGCCAUCCAUUUCUUCUGGGUCCUCCACUGGUUAGAAAAAGAAUACAUGACUCCAGAGUAGCUGGUUUUAACCCUGCAUUACAGUUAAUCUUGACCAGAACAGACAAAACCUUAAAUAAAAAACUUGGCCAAAGCAAGUAACUUCUCUAACAGUCAAAAUCAUCAUCAAGAUUCUAAAGGGUUUUGUGCUAGUAGCCCAAGGAAGAUGGGAAAAAAGCUAAUUUUUUAGCUGACCCAUGGCUGUCACUACUUUGGGGAACUGCUUCAAUUGCUGGAUCUGUUUCUGUGGCCUGUGCUUAUUUUGUUCAGCAUGAAUUUAGUCAGUAUUAAAGCCAGACUGUUCAUCUAGAACUAGACUAAGAGUAAUCCAUGUUUCCUGUAAGCAGUGUUUUGGAACUAUGUUGCCACUUCUGAAAAGUUGCAGAGCCAAAUUAUUGACAUAUGACAAGGUAAUCCUAGAAAGAGGCCCCAUACUGUGUGCUGAAUAAUGGUGUUUCUAAUGGUAACUUUUGUGGGAAAGCAUUCUCAUUGAAGCUGGAUCCUAGAUUAUUCCAGUAAAUUUGAAAAAGAACUUUGUUCUAAAUUCAUCUCUUAUACAUUGAUCAGUUAUAGUGUGCGUGUAUGUGUGUGUGUUUAUAUAUAAUAUAUAAUUUAUUAAUAUAUUGCCAUCCAUUCAUCAUUGAUUCUAGCCCAUCAGUGUGGCUGUGACAUUGAUAUCUGGUCACUGUUAGAGAAGUCACAUUUAUUAGGCAAUACUUAACAUAGGUUAUGUAAAAACAUGCAGAAAUGCUACCAGUCUGCACUUAGUUGGCUUUACAUAAACAAAGACUACCCUGUCUUUGAGGUGACUGAAUUUACAAUGUCCUCCCCUGGAAAUGGAAAAGUACCUGUAUUAUGAGUACCUGUAUUAUGAGAUACAUGACAAAAAGAAUUACCAAGCUGGCUCAGCGUCUGUAGCUCAAGCGGCUAAGACACCAGCCACAUACACCAGAGCUGGCGGGUUCGAAUCCAGCCCAGGCCUGCCAAACAACAAUGACAACUACAACCAAAAAAUAGCCAGACAUUGUGGUGGGCGCCUGUAGUCCCAGCUACUUGGGAGGCUGAGGCAAGAGAAUCGUAUGAGCCCAGGAGUUGGAGGUUGCUGUGAUCCAUGGCACCUACCCAGGGCGACAGUUUGAGGCUCUGUCUCAAAAAAGAAGGAAUUAUCAAACCUCACUCCAUAUAUAUUAAGAACAGUCUAGGGCAAGCAUCUUUCUUAGUACCAUGCUAAGAAGGUCUUACUGAACAUUGACCACGUUCUGGACUUCUCUUGUUACGAAAAACAUGGAUCCAGAAUUAGGACUAAGCAAUUUAGAAAAAGCUAUUGAAAACAUCUCAGAGGCCACUGAACAAUUCUUAAACUAACAUUUAAGAUGCUAGAUAUCUAGUGCUCAUGUAUUACCUCAACAAUGUUAUCAAGGUCCCAGGCAUUUUCUAUUUUUCCCCUGGGAUCCUUAUCAUGUUUGCUUUUUGUCCUUUUAGUCCUCAAUGAGUGCAAUAUGGCUUGUUGCGCCAGAUAUUUUAAUCCCAGGCAAAGGCUGGAAAUAGGAAGCAGCAAAAAGGCUUUCUCCUUUCAAGUCUAUCUUAUUUGGGAAUAAAAUCUUUCCCCAAAGUCCAUAGCAGGUUUCUUCUUACAUCUCAUUAGAAGAAAUGAGAACCUUGAGAAUGUUCACAAGGAAACUUGGGGAAGCUUGGCAAAGGGGAAGAAGGUUAGCAUUGCCUGGGAUGGCAAUCUACUGUUAAAAUCAGGGCUCUUUCAGACAGAGAAGUGAGAAGUGAAUGGCUAUUGGUAUGCAACAAAUCAUACUUGGCACAUGUUGUGGAAUCUAAAGUUAUUUGUUAGUCUGUAUAAAGAAUGUACCUUAGAGAUCUAUCCUGUAUCUGCCUUAUGUCUAUCAUGAUGGAGGUUCUCUCUUGUUAUAUUGCUAAAUAAACUGUGUGGGCUGCUAAA